AUGACCUCCAGCUACGGGCACGUUCUGGAGCGGCAACCGGCGCUGGGCGGCCGCUUGGACAGUCCCGGCAACCUCGACACCCUGCAGGCGAAAAAGAACUUCUCCGUCAGUCACCUGCUAGACCUGGAGGAAGCCGGGGACAUGGUGGCGGCACAGGCGGACGAGAGCGUGGGCGAAGCGGGCCGGAGCCUGCUGGAGUCGCCGGGACUCACCAGCGGCAGUGACACCCCCCAGCAGGACAAUGAUCAGCUGAACUCAGAGGAAAAGAAGAAGAGAAAGCAGCGGAGGAACAGGACAACCUUCAACAGCAGCCAGCUGCAGGCUUUGGAGCGCGUCUUUGAGAGGACACACUACCCCGAUGCUUUUGUGCGAGAAGACCUCGCCCGCCGGGUGAACCUCACCGAGGCCAGAGUGCAGGUGUGGUUUCAGAACCGAAGAGCCAAGUUCCGUAGGAAUGAGAGAGCCAUGCUGGCCAAUAAAAACGCUUCCCUCCUCAAAUCCUACUCAGGAGACGUGACUGCUGUGGAGCAGCCCAUCGUACCUCGUCCUGCUCCAAGACCCACCGAUUAUCUCUCCUGGGGGACAGCCUCUCCGUACAGCGCCAUGGCUACUUAUUCUGCCACAUGUGCCAACAAUAGCCCUGCACAGGGCAUCAACAUGGCCAACAGCAUUGCCAACCUGAGACUGAAAGCCAAGGAAUAUAGUUUACAGAGGAACCAGGUGCCAACAGUCAACUGAGGAAAAAAGUUAUUAAACAGGCCUAAGAAGAAAGCAAAAACCAUAAGACACCUAUCCUGCUCUGUCAUUUCUUCAUCCGCUGGGAGGUGGGGGGAAAGAAAGUAAAAAGCAAACAAAAACAAAAUCCAGAACUAAAAUAUUGGGACCAUGGCAGAGAAAAGCAGGAGAGGAGCAAAUUGAAAAUUAGUUAACAGAUGUUCCUCCUCCCUCUGGGAUACCACCACCACUUGUUUCUGUGUGUGUUUAUUUUGUUUUUCUUUCUAUUCAUGCUUUGCUUACUAUACUCCAAGCUUCUUCAGCUAGGUUCAGCCCACCCACCCCCAUGAUUGUAUGAGGUUUUUAAAAAAACUACAGCAGCCAAAGAAACUAUAUUUUAUAUAUUAUAUAUAUAUGUAUCUCCAGAAUGAUUUCCCCUAGUCUCCUUCUUGACCUGUUUAAACCUCAGUGCCUUAUCCUGUCCUUGUUCCAGUUCUCUCUAUAGAAGCUCUAGGAGCUUUUGAAAAGCCAAAGUCUUUCUGAAGAAUCCGUGCUGGCCAGACAAAAUUCCCUUUCUCAUUGUCUCCAUCUCUGUUGGUCAUGGUAAGGUUUUUCAUCAGCUACUGGAAAAAAAAAAUUGUGUACAACAUCUGGUCACUGGCCUGUCUGAUCCAAUGUAAUUGGCUGUGUCUGGCUAAUUCUAAGCUCUAAGCUCAAGAUCUAAGCUCUAGAUUUAAGCUCUAAGCUAUAGAUUAUACUACCAUCAGCACCACCACCCCUGACCCCACCCAAACAAUCUUAAGAUAUUUGUUGUCUUUGAGUGAUUUGCUGUCACAGGCUAUUUGGUAGAAGAAAUAUUUCAUUUGAGAGAGGGGAGAGAAAUUUCUCUAGAAACACAAAGACUGAGUUGUAAAAGACAUGCCUACAUCUCUCUGGUGCCUUAAGGGUAGUCAAAUGUACACUUAUAUAUAUACUUUAUAUAUUUAUAUAUUUUAUAUAUAUAAUAUUGCAAGCUUGAGUUUGCAAUUUCUCAAACACUACAGAAAGCAAAUUUCACACCAUCACCACUGUUCUUAUCUCUACAGUGAUAAGACUUAUUAAUAAGGGAUCUUGCUGCUUUUCUUUUUCUAUACAAAAUUCUCCUUAAAGCCACAGAGCAAUCAAUAGGGCAGCUGUUUGAGAACAGGUCUCAUUUUCACAGUAGGGUUUUAACUGAAUUAGAAACUAUUUGAGGCUAUAAAAAUGUCCUUGAGUUUGGAGCCUGAGCUGAUACAUUUGAUCUAUCAUGGGAAUUGCACUUAGAGAGAAGAGGGAAGACCAUUCAGUCAUUCACCCUCUCUUCGCUCAACAGGAAUCUGAAAGACAUAUGUUUAAGUGGAAUACUUAAAGGUUUGUCUAAAUUCCAAAAUUUAAAAGGCAAUUGUGGGCUAUUUUUAUUUUUAAUAUUUUGAAAUGAAUUUAUUGCCUAGGGCUGGGAGUCAGGACUGAUCCUUCUUUGUUUCUUUCUCUUUGUUCCCAGCUAUGCUUUUGUAACUUGCCAGGUGGACUUGACCAAACCAUGUUACCAUGCUGUGCCUCAGUUUACCCAUUCAUGAAAUGGGUUUAACAAUACUUACCUACCUCACAGGGGUGUUGUGAGGCUCUAUUCAUUUGCUCCUUCAUUCUUUCUUGUAUUCUCUGUAUGUCCAGCACUUUGUAGCCAUGGGAGGAAAGGGACUAUACAAGUGUACAAUGUUAAUGGAAUGAUACGGUACCUGGAAGUCUUGUUUUCUAGUAAGGAAAUGCUGUCUUGCUGUACAUACUUAUAACCUUGUACUUGGAAAUGAGAAAUAGGUUUAUAUUUUCAGAUCUCUCAAAAAUCACAUCAUUUGACCAAAAGAAUAAUUUAAGGCACACAGAACAGUCAUAUUUUUAACUUAUGUUCUCAUCCUGACCAGCUUUGUUCUCAUAAUUUUUAGUUAUGAAUGAUUAAUAAACUUUAGAUUGAUUUUGGCCAAAUAUGCCAACUUUGUACUGUGAGUGACAGGCAAGCUUUUGGGUGUAAGAUGCACUUUUAACACACAUUUGUAUUUCCCUUGGCAUAUCAGAUUGAGCUAAUUGUGAUAUUAUUUCAGUCUAACAGCCACCAGUCUGAAAAUGUAUUUCAAAUGUUGAUUUUGUACUUCUUUCAGUAAUAGGAAGGAAGCCCAUUUUAUGCAUUUUGCUUUUACCAACUGAUUCCCUUUUCUUUUAACCCACUAUUAAAACAUUUCUUAGUGAAUGGUUCUUGUAGGCCAGCUGAACAACAUACAUUACUUGCUUACUAAAGAGUCCCUCCAUUCAUUCUUUUGUCACACCAGUUGCUAUGGAUUAUCAAGUUUUGAAGGCACAGUAUAUCCUAACAGACUGAAACAUGCUUUGAUUUGUGAAGUGAAUGCAAUUCAAGAAAUUGGUGAACUUUAGGGGUUUGGAGUGUGGGGAGACGGGCUAACAGAGGAUUUGGGUUAUAGGCAAGGAACAGAAAUCAUACACGAAAGGUUUUAUCAAGAAGGGGGAACUCUUAGGAGAGUGAGUAGAGAGAUGGAUGGACAUGUAAAAUAACCCUAUUAGAAAUUUUCAUCCAGACAUCCAUUUCCAGUGAUGAAUAGAAAAGACUGAACUCAUAAACCAAAAGGGUGGAUGAAACUGGGUGAUUUUGCCCAAUACCUUGGCCAAGUGAUGUCUGGCAAUACCAUAGAGUAACCACUGCUGGUCAUCCAAGGAAACCUUCAUUGCUGGUGAACCAACACCAUAAGCAUCUAUUAUCUAAGCACUUCAUCGAGAAGUAUACAUGUAGUACAAGCACUCAGUUUUGUUCAUUUAUUAUUGAUUUUUUAAAAAAUACAAGUUUGAUAUGUGAUUUUAAGGAGUAGCCUUCUGGCUCUUAAGCCAGUUGUCAGCAGAGGGCCUCAGGGCCACAAACUUCAAGACAUACCCCUCUUCCUCAUCAUCAUUAUACCCAGAUACAGAUGAAUUCAUAUGAACCGUCUGUGUCCUCAGUCUCUCCCCAAUCACGAUGCCUAUUUGUAGGGUACUUGGCAGGUUAAAUUAAACCAGAAGAGGUGACUUAAUUAAAAAGGGAAUGUCAUUUAGGAUAUAAAGAUCUCAUAAGAAAUGUAAUAUGUAAAUUAUAUCUUGCUUUAUGAUGUAAAAUAUACAUUGUUUGCGCUAGAAUAGAAAUGAUUCCUUUUCAAUAAAAAGAAAGAAGUAUACUACUA